AUUUAAUUAAUUAUUAUGGUUCAAUUCCAAGGGAAUUCCGGUGCCGGCGGCGGUGGCGAGCUCAUUCACAUGGUGACUUUGGACAAAACGGGCAAGAAAUCAUUUGGCAUUUGUAUUGUGCGGGGUGAGGUGAAGGACUCGCCGAAUACGAAAACCACGGGUAUAUUUAUAAAGGGUAUUGUGCCCGAUAGUCCUGCGCAUCUCUGUGGCAAAUUAAAGGUUGGUGAUCGGAUUCUCUCGCUGAAUGGCAAGGAUGUGCGGCAUUCCACUGAGCAGGCAGUCAUUGACCUCAUCAAGGAGGCGGACUUUAAGAUCGACCUGGAGAUACAGACGUUUGACAAGAGCGACGAGUCCAAGAAUGAUUCACGCAACAAUGGCUACAUGCAGGCCAAAAAUAAGUUUAAUCAAGGUACAAAUAAGAUGUUAACUGUUCAUACAAUGACUGUUUUGACUGCCAACUUGUCUCUAGAGCAAACACCCACUAGCAACAUGGGAACGGGCAGGCAAUCAACUGUUCGAAAUGAUCCGAGACGCAGCUCAACCUUUGCGGCAUCCCAGCGCAUCAAGCACGUACCGACCCACUAUGAUGAGGAUGACGAGGAUACCCGAGACAUGACCGGUCGCAUACGCACCGAAGCGGGAUACGAGAUUGAUCGCGCCUCGGCGGGCAACUGUAAGCUGAAUAAGCAGGAAAAGGAUCGCGACAAGGAGCAGGAGGAUGAGUUUGGCUACACGAUGGCCAAGAUAAACAAGCGCUAUAACAUGAUGAAGGAUCUGCGCCGCAUCGAGGUGCAGCGACAGGCGAAUGUACCGCUGGGCAUUGCCCUGGCCGGUCACAAGGAUCGACAGAAGAUGGCCUGCUUUGUGGCUGGCGUCGAUCCGAAUGGCAUGCUGGCCAGUGUCGAUGUAAAGCCAGGCGAUGAGAUUGUCGAGGUCAAUGGCAAUGUGCUAAAGAAUCGCUGCCACUUGAACGCCUCCGCCGUGUUCAAGAAUGUCGAGGGCGAGAAGCUUGUGCUGAUCACAUCCCGUCGCAAGCCCAAUGACGAGGGCAUGUGUGUGAAGCCCAUCAACAAGUUCCCAGCAUCAACCGAUGAGACCAAGUUCAUAUUUGACCAGUUCCCCAAGGCGCGCACGGUAAAGGUGCGCAAGGAGGGCUUCAUUGGCAUAAUGGUCAUCUAUGGCAAGCACGUGGAGGUCGGCAGUGGCAUCUUUAUCUCUGAUUUACGUGAGGGUUCCAAUGCAGAGGCGGCGGGCGUUAAAGUUGGUGACAUGCUGCUGGCGAUUAACCAAGAUGUAACACUCGAGUCCAACUACGAUGAAGCGACUGGACUGCUGAAAAGGGCUGAGGGCGUGGUGACCAUGAUUCUGCUCACGCUGAAGAGCGAGGAGUCCAUCAAGGCCGAGAAAGACGCAGAGGAAAAAAAGAAGGAGGAAGCCAAAAAGGAGGCGGAAAAGCCACAGGAACCAGCAACAGCCGAAAUAAAGCCAAACAAAAAGAUACUCAUUGAGGUGAAGGUGGACAAGAAACCAUUGGGCGUCAUUGUCACUGGCGGCAAGAACAACCACGUGAAGACUGGUUGUGUCAUCACACACAUUUAUCCCGAGGGCGCCUUUGCAACGGACAAUCGUCUGAAGAUCUAUGACCACAUUUGCGACAUCAAUGGCAAGGCGGUGCAUUGCGAGAGUCUCACCACACUGAAGGUGCAUCAACUGUUCCACGUGACUUAUGAAAAGACGGUCAACUUUACCGUCUACCGCGCCGAUCCGCCAGAGCUGGAGAAGUUCAACGUGGAGUUCAUGAAGAAGAGCGGCAAGGAGCUGGGCCUAUCAUUGACGCCCAAUGAACGCGGUUGCACCAUCUGCGACAUCAUACAAGGACAAUAUCCAGAAAUCGAUAAUAAGCUGCAACGCGGCGAUAUUAUAACCAAAUUCAACGGUGACUCAAUGGAGGGUUGCACAUUCCAGGUGUGCUAUGCGCUCUUCAAGGGCGCCAAUGGCAAAAUAUCGAUGGAGGUGACACGACCGAAGCCAACACUACGCACCGAAGCACCCAAAUAAGGCGAAACUGAGAAAUUCAUCCACUGUAGAGACGCAGACGGAGACGCUUGUUUAGUGUAGUGCCUUGGAAAUAAAACAAUAGAUACGUUAGAGUCAAUUCUAAUU